AACGAACGACUUUAGUAGGAAAAAUAAAGUUUUGACAGCAUAUCGUAAUAGCAGACGUGCGUAGUUUGAUCAGACCAUCGGCCUACUAUUGGUUCACUAUUUUAAAGAUGAGAGUUGCUUAGUAAAAACUGGAACCUAACUAAUGUUCGAAAAGAAUCCAAUAAAACCAGUGUAAUGUGAUCAUGAUAAGGAUAUUUAAUAUUGCUUACAUACGCAAUGUCUUAAAAAAAUGAUAAUCGAGAUAUCACACUGACAACAAUUCCAUGAAAUAUUAAUACAUUUAAAAGUAAGAUUUAGCAAAUCAUUAGUAAUUGAGAGACAGAUGGAAAUAAGUGUCAUGAUCGCUCGGUCUCGAAGAGUAGAAAGAGAUAUAAGCUUAUUCAAUUAGCAAAUGUGGUCGAGGUUGUGUAGUAUUAUACCUUUAAGUUUUAACUGAUCCGUAUUUUUAUUUUUAGCAACUCUUGCAAAUAUUUUAUUCCCGUUAGCUGAUAAUAAUGUUUUGAACGGUAUGAGAAUUUUGUACUUGAGUUUAGCUGUUGAAGGGAUUUUUAAUGUAUUUUUCUUGUGGAUAUCUAAAUUUAUAUUAUUAUUAUGCCACCAAGUCGACUGGAUGCAAUAUACAGAAGUAUUUUGAUCAACAAAUUUUUUACCAAGGGAUGGGGUAGUCCAGAAAAUUUAAAAAAAUUAUUUGAAUUUAGAAAGAUCAUUGCUAAUCGAAAACUGUGUUACAAUCUCAUACCUCGAGAUUAUCCAAUAACAAUAACAAAGGAUGAGAAAUGGUCAGAUUGCCGCGUGAUAGAUGGAAAAUUUGAGUCACCGUUUGAGAGAAAUUUACCCGGUAUUAUGCCGGAAGCAACCAAGACCGCUUACUUUCAAAUGAUUUUACCAAAACAGUGGAAGUCUCAAAAAAUUAAACCUAUUUGCUUACAUCUUGCUGGAACCGGAGAUCAUUACUUUUGGCGUAGAAGAAAUUUUAUUGCAAGGCCGUUACUUAAAGAAUCAGGGAUAGCAUCGGUUUUACUUGAAAAUCCAUUUUAUGGUUGUAGAAAGCCUAAAGAUCAGAUACAAUCAAAUUUGCACAAUGUGUCUGAUAUUUUUAUCAUGGGUGCAUCUAUAAUAUUGGAAUCUACCGUCAUACUCAAUUGGUGUGAACAGCAAGGAUACGCACCUCUUGGUCUUACAGGAUUAUCAAUGGGUGGACAUAUGGCUUCUCUUGCAGCCACAAAUUGGCCAAAACCAAUACCACUAGUACCUUGUCUUUCAUGGUCAACUGCGUCUCCAGUAUUUACUAAAGGUGUAAUGAGUGACUCAAUUAAUUGGUCCUUAUUGGAAUCACAGUAUUUUGAAAAUAAAACGUAUCAAAAUGAUUUAGCGAAAAUGGUCAAAGUAAUUCAUGGAGAUGAUGCGUAUUUAGCAGGACAAUAUUUUGCAAAGCAUUUCCCUAAAAGUAUGAAUACACUCAAUAAAAUUAAAAAUGAAUCUACCGAGCCUGUAAAAGAAAAGGAAAAUACAGAUAAUAAAGAGUCCACGAUAAAUUUGUCUCCCGAUACUAAUGAAGAUAAAAAUAAAGUCGAUAAGAAAACACUCGUAGAAGAACAUGCCGUUACACAAUUAUUUCCUAUGAAGUUUAUAUCAAAUAAAUUGAAAUAUAAGUCAAAUUUUAAAAAAAAAAAAUAGUAAUUAUAAUUUAUCGAUCAUUAAAAUCUGCCUGUUCGUAACUUGAAAAUAUUUAUCAUUUUAGAUAAAAAAUUGCGUGAGCCAGAGGCACUGCAGUUCAUGAGAGGAAUAAUGGAUGAGUGCACACACUUACAAAAUUUCGAAGUACCGGUUGAUACUGAGCUUAUAAUAGCUGUGUGUGCAAGAGAUGAUGCUUAUGUACCAAGAGACGAUUGUGUAGGUUUGGAGAAAAUCUGGCCAAAAGCUGAUAUACGAUUUGUUGAUGCCGGACACGUGAGUGCUUAUGUGCUUUAUCAAAAAAUGUUUAGAUCAACGAUUGCAGAAGCAUUUCAAAAGUAUUUGAGAAAAUAUCCGAUUAACGAUAGUUGAUAUAAAUGCAGCGAUUUAUUGUUGUUGAAAUCUUUUAAACCAAUCGUAAAGGAAUGUAAUAAAAUUUUUAAUAAAUUAAUACUUAUUGGCAUGGUGUCUUGUGAACAAAAAUUCUACAAAUAAUUAUGUAAAUGAAAUUUACUUACCUUGUAUACGAGAUUUACAAAGACAAAUAAUAUAAAAUUA